UCAAGCGUGGUGUCCUGUUGCGUGAUCUCCCUCAGCCAACCUCAGGAAACCGGCGCGUCCACACUCACUGACCAUCAGCUCCGAGCGCAACAGUCCGCUGCGCCGCGCUGAGUUUGUGGUCUGUUCCAGGGGGAGAAGAAAACAAAAAAAAACAACAGCAGGAAUAAAACUUCGUUCAUGUUUCAUAUUUGAGAGCCGCUUGCUGCAUCGGAGUCACCAGACAUGAUGAAUUUUAUUCUCAUCUGCCUGCUAUGUGGAUUGUAUGGUGUUCUUGGAAAAGAUAAAGAUCAAAAGGGGAAGUUCAGCGUCCCUCUCCUGGAUGUGAAAACUCAGCAUCUGGUCCUGAACAUCAACCAGACUCUGCUGCUCAGCUGCAGGGGUCGCUGGCAGCUGUCAUGGGCGUUCCCAGCAGGCUUGGCCAGAGAUCAGGUGGAAGUGGACGAAACUCGCUGUGGGAGGACAAGCCAACAGUACUGCAGCCGUCUGAGAGUCCGCCACAGCCAGACCCAGCACACCGGCCUGUUCCGCUGCCGGUACCAGCACAGAACCCAGAAACAAGCUUCUAUCUAUGUUUAUGUUACAGACAGCCAGCAGCCAUUUGUGGAACAUCCAGGUAUGAGCCCAGGUGUGUUGUACAUGAAGGAAAAGCAGCCGCUGGUCAUCCCCUGCAGGGUCACCAACCCCAACAUCACCACCACACUGGUCAAGUUCCCCAGCAACAGCCUGCGUCCAGACCAGAGGAACAUAAUGUGGAGCAGCAAACGAGGCUUCACCAUCCGAACUCCCACUUUCUACUACAUCGGCCUCUUCUACUGCCAAACCGUCAUCGACGGGGCCAAACACAAGUCACGUAUUUACUUUGUGCACAGACCAGUGAGCAACAUCACAGAGGUGUAUCUGAACAGCAGUGGACCUAUGCAGGCCCUGAAGGGAGAGAAGCUGGUCUUGAACUGCACCGCCACCGCCGAGUUAAACACCAGAGUCAACAUCACCUGGGACUACCCUGGAAAGAGUAACAAUGCCGGCUCCACUUCCAAAAGGCUCCUGAGACACCAAACUCACAUGUUGUUCUACAGUAUUCUAACCAUCCCAAAGCUUCACCGCUCCGACCGAGGCCUCUACACAUGCCGCGUCACCAGCGGUGAUCAAAGCAAACAGCAGAAAGUCACUGUUAUCGUCUAUGAUCGUCCGUUUAUCCGUCUGAAGCCCAGAAAUGGAUCUGUGGUGGUGGUACAAUCAGGACAGAAAUCUUACAGAAUCUCGCCCAAACUACGAGCAUUUCCUGUCCCUGAAGUCAUCUGGUUCAAGGACGGCAAGGUGGCAGCAGAGCAGUGCUCCAGAUACCACAUGGAUGGAACUUCCCUGAUUAUCCGAGAUGUCGCAGAGGAGGAUGCCGGGACGUACACUGUCCUAGUACGAAUCCAGGAAUAUGGACUCUACCAGAAUCUCACGCUCACACUUGUGGUCAAUGUGAGUCCACAGAUAGGGGAGAAAGCGGUGUCGUUGCAGGACCCCGGAUCUGUCCCGCGGGGCAGCAGACAAGCCCUGCACUGCACAUCCCACGGAGUCCCUCCUCCCCACAUCCAGUGGCUCUGGCAUCCCUGCCCGCCCAAAGGCCUGUGUGUUUGUCCAGCGUCCUCCUCGCUGUGGAGCCCAGUGACGGAGGGCCUCCCCCCCAUGUCGACUCACAAUCGCAUCCUGAGCGUUACUCACAGACAAGAAGUGCUUCAGGGGAAGAAGAAGACGGUGGGGGUCCUGACUGUAGCGGAGGCCUUUGUGUCUGGAGUGUAUCGCUGCAUCGCCUCCAACUGUGCAGGCGCAGACCAGCUCGACAUCCACUUCUACAUCACAGAUGUCCCAGGCGGCUUCAGUGUAAACCAGCAGGAGGAGGCCAGAGAGGGAGGAGACCUCCAUCUCACCUGUUUAGCCAAUAAGUACCUGUAUACAGCGCUGUGGUGGCAACACGUAAAUGACACAGAGGAGGCUCAAACCCUUGUUCCCGCCUUGAAUAAUCAGCAUCUCACAUUCGGGGAGUUCUCCAACUCACUGGUGCUGUUGCUAAGCAACCUGACAGCCAACGACUCUGGGGCGUACAGAUGCUCCGCCCGCCACCUGGUCACCGGGCAGAAGACACACCUGGACACACAGGUGGAGGUUACAAUUCUGGAGCCUCCGGUGCUGCUUAAUAAUUUGACAGAUUGCACCGUCAACGUCAGCAGCUCGGUGACCCUCAGCUGUCCGUCUCAAGGCGUCCCACCUCCAACCAUCACCUGGUACAAAGACGAACGCUCUCUGCUGCAGGGAUCAGGUAUCGUCAUAUCAGCAGAAGAUGGCACCCUCCAUAUUGACCGAAUCACAGUGGAGGACCAGGGUCUGUAUACCUGCCAGGCCACCAAUGAGAGAGGAUCUGCAGAGAGUUCUGCCUAUAUAUGGGUCAACAGUUCCUCAGAAGCUUCAUUUUUGGAAAUUCCCACUCUCACCUGUACCUGUGUGGUGGCCACUCUCUUCUGGCUUUUGCUCACACUUUUCAUAAGGAAACUGAGACAGCCCAACAGCUCCAACACCAAACCAGAAUACUUGUCGAUCAUACUGGACACAGGAGAGGGACCAAUAGAGGAGCAGUGUGACAGACUGCAAUAUGACCCCAACCAAUGGGAGUUCCCCCGUGAGCGCCUUAAAUUAGGGAAACCUCUGGGCCGUGGAGCUUUUGGGAAAGUGAUGCAGGCAUCAGCGUUCGGUAUAGACAAUGCUACCAGCUGCAAGACUGUGGCUGUUAAGAUGCUCAAAGAGGGAGCUACAGCCAGCGAACACAAGGCUCUGAUGACUGAACUGAAGAUCCUCAACCACAUUGGAAACCACCUGAAUGUCGUCAACCUCCUGGGAGCCUGCACCAAGCCAGGAGGACCGCUCAUGGUCAUUGUCGAGUACUGUCGCUUUGGGAACCUUUCUACCUUCUUGAAGAACAAGAGAGACGUGUUUGUACAUAACCGACCGGCCGGAGACAAAGAUGGAGGUUGUGUCAGUAGCGCCUCUGACAAGCAGAGCAGCAUCAGAGCAGAGAUUGAUGACAAAGGCAAGAAAGAUAAUGGCCUCGAUCCCAAAUGUGCCUCCAACUCCCCUCUUUUCCUGGAGGAUCUGAUUUGUUUCAGCUUUCAGGUGGCACGAGGAAUGGAGUUUCUGGCCUCCCGCAAGUGUAUUCAUAGAGACCUGGCAGCACGAAACAUUCUGCUGUCUGACAAUAAAGUGGUGAAGAUCUGUGACUUCGGACUAGCCAGAGACAUCUACAAAGACCCAGACUACGUUCGCAAGGGAGAUGCCCGCCUCCCUCUGAAGUGGAUGUCUCCUGAGUCCAUCUUUGACAAGGUGUUCACCACCCAGAGUGACGUGUGGUCCUACGGCAUCCUGCUGUGGGAGAUCUUCUCUUUGGGAGCUUCCCCAUACCCCGGUCUUCACAUAGAUGAGGAGUUCUGCCACAGGCUGAAGGGGGGAACGAGGAUGCGAGCGCCAGAAUACAGCACAGCUGAGAUGUGGGUGAAACCUACAAACUUUUAAAUCAUCAUUUUCACUGUGAUGCUCUUCUUUGACAUUUCUUCUAACUUUUGUUAAAACUUUAAAAAGACAAACAAAGAUCACUUCAUCGAAAACCCAUUAACACCCCCUCAAACGCACUCACACAAAAGUCUAUCACUCACACUAGAUUACUGAACUGAAUCAUAAAUUAUUAAUGACAGGACCUCAUGUGAGCACAUAUUGAUCAAG